AUGCCUGACAUGCGCAUCCCCACAAUCACCAACGACCCCUCCAAGGUCCAACUGUCCCGCAUUGCCCACGUCUACUUCGAACACCCUGACCUGGACAAAUUCGACAAGUUCGCAAACGACUUUGGCUUUGUCAAAGAAGCUCAGAUUGGAGAUUCCAUUUACUACCGCGGCUAUGGCAUAGACCCGUUUGUCUAUGUUGCGACUAAAAGUAAAGAUGGAAAGCAGAGAUUCCUUGGACCAGCUUUUGUAGCUGCUUCCGAGGAGGAAUUUGAGGGGGCAGCUGCUCUUGAGGGCGCUGAGAGAGUCUCUAUUGAGCAUGCGCCUGGUGGAGGGAAGAUGAUCAAGUUUAGUCGUCAGGAUAAUACUUUCUUUCUUGUUGUAUAUGGCCAAGAGGAGAGAAAGACUGACUCGGAAGAACCUACUGCAACACAUGAGCAGCAGGGACCGUACAACAAACCGUUCACGAAGCCAAGACGAGGAAAGUACCAGCGCUAUCAUCCUGGCCCAGCACUCGUCCAUAAGCUCGGCCACUUUGGGUACGUCGUGCCAGACUUUGAUAACGAGCUAGCAUGGUACACAACCAACUUCAAUUUCGUCCCUUCAGAUAUUCUGUACCACUGGGAUUUCUCCAAUAUGGACGUGCUCACAUUUAUGCACCUGGACCUUGGCGAUGAGUAUUCCGAUCAUCACUGCUUCUUCAUGCAGCGAGCUAAGCCUCACGUCAAGAAGAUAUACUGUCAUCAUACCUCGUUCGAAGUAGCAGACUUUGAUACUCAGCUGCUUGGACAUGAGUAUCUGGCUAGCAAAGGCUGGAAGAGCGUCUGGGGUGUUGGACGACAUGUUUUGGGCUGUCAGAUCUUUGAUUACUGGGCUGACCCUAGUGGCUUCAAGAUUGAGCAUUAUGCUGAUGGCGAUGUUGUCGAUCGCGCAACGGGGACCAACAGGGAUGUCGUUGGCCCAUUUUCUGUUUGGGGUCCUGAAGUACCUAAGAACUUCAGAGAUAAAAUCGUUUGA